AGACUCUGGGACUUCUUCCAGGGCCAACUUUCAUAUGCGAGCUUCAUAUUCAGAAACUAGUCGUCGAAGGAGGUGUUCCAAGUCUAGGGGUUCUUCUGCAGAUUCGUCAGGAUUGUCAGGGUCCUAAGUCUUAUCCCGCAGUCCAGCUGUCUUGGAUGUCGAAUCUCGCAGUCACCACCAAAAUGACACCAGAGAACCGGC